AUGCCCCCAAGCCCGCUUUGGCAUAAUCUCCUUCUCCCUCUCCUUCUCCUCACAAUCUCCCCCGUCUACUCUUUCAGAAUCGAAUUCGGUACCGGCUCCUCCCCCUCCAAAAAUUUCGAACUCCUCCAACCCCCAGCAGUUUACCCCCCAACCGACGAAACCUGUCAUGAAAUCACCACAACUCUAUCCCCAGAAUCAGGACUAGACUUAAUCCGCGUCCAAAGCAACCAACCAAAUGACGGAGAUCCCGCAGGAAUCAUAGCAUUCUACAACAAUCUAGAAGAAUGUAAAGAAUCAAAUCCAAUGUAUAUAUCAUGGUUCAAACCCAACACACGAAGUAUACAAGCUGCUUCGCCGUAUUGGACUAUAAUCCGUUUGGGAGAGUUAAAAGGUAGUUGGACACUAGGGAGAACAGGAUAUCCGGAACCUAGAGCUUGGAGGAAUAUUCCACAACGGGGAGUUUCUCCGGAAAUUGGGGUUGUUAGGAGGUUGAAGAUGAAGUCUGGAGAUGUGGCUAUGUUGUUCGAUGAAGGGUGGGGGGUUGAUACUGGUGGUGUGGUUUGGGAAGCUGGGGAUGAGGAUGAACGAUCUUUAAGGCUGUCGCAGGGGUUACAGGAUGUUAAUGGUGUAUUACCGCAGAGGAAACCGAGUUAUCAAACCCAGCAGUCUGAUGGGACGGAAAUAUUCUUAUAUCCUGAUGGAUCUAGGAAGGCGGUUAUUCCUGACGGUCCAGUUGUCGAUACUAGACCCGAUGGAACGGCUACAAUACAUCAAGAUGGGCCUGAUGGGUUUAUUGCGGAGUACAAUCCACGAACUGGUGCUUUAGUUCAAGAUAAUGAAGGAAGACACAUUCGUCUCAACCUCGAGGAACUAGAGGAACUCGACGCUCUCGAAGCAGCCGGGUUUUUUAAAUCACGAACAGCAUUUAACGAAGCCAUGUUGGAGUUACAAUCAAGUCUGUUCAGUCCAAACUCAGGAGCCUACGAUGCAUUAUCACGAUUAAGCCCAAGCGGAAAUUUCGUCGCAGAAGAUAUAGGAAGUCCUACAGAACAAGACGAUUCACCACAACCCCGCGAUUCAGUAUCUUUACCAGAACCAAAUAAAGGUAAAAACAUCCUUCAAAAGAUCGGAUCAGCUUUGAAAAAAGUAUAUAACUGGGCUCGACAGUCAUGUAAACUCCGGUCUGGGAAGUCAUUACGAUCUCCAGUUCUUCCAGAAUGCGCCGCAGAUAUGGAGUUCAUGCGAGAAAACGAGUUUAGUCCGUUUUCUUUAGGUUCCCCUUCAGCUUCUGCAUCAUACUUAGGUGAUCAAUCGAACGGCCAACGGUUGUCUAGAUUUAACCAAGGCAAGACAAUAGAAACACCCAAUGGUGCCGAGCAAAGCUUCAAACACACAUUCUCCCCGGUACCCGAUGGAACAGACGGUGAUUUUACAGAAGAAAACCUAGAAUCACCCUACUUCGCACAGGUACCCGGUAACGAAUUUACAUUCCGUGAUGAAGAGAAUUCGAGAAGAUCGGAGGAUGUUGGUGAUCAGGAACCUGACGAGGUGAUACAAAUUCCGAAUCAAAUUCAAGAUUAUUCGUUAGGUAUUUUGAAUAUAUUGAAUCGUAAGAAGGAUACCUCAGAGUUUACGUUUAAAGGGGAACAGCAGGGGACUCAAAGUGUGAAUGAAAUUUAUACGGAUGGCCCGGUAGCGAGUUAUCCGGAGCUGAAUGAUAUUGAGGAAGAUGUUGUUGUACAGGAUAUUUCGAGGGCGUCGAGUUCAUAG